AUGUCCAAGGAAACAAGUUAUCCCAAAGAGCUGCUCUGUGCGGAUGAAAAGGUGGUGUACGACGCGAUCGUGGUCGGAGCAGGCGUGGUCGGGCCUUGCGUGGCCACUGCGCUGGCUCGGAAAGGUAAGAAGGUAUUGAUCGUCGAGCGUGAGUGGAGCCAGCCGGACAGAAUUGUUGGCGAAUUGAUGCAGCCUGCAGGUGUGCGUGCCUUACGCUCUCUGGGAAUGGUGCAGGCGAUCAACAACAUCGAUGCCUGUUCGACGUCCGGGUACACGGUCAUAUACAACGGCGAGAAGAUCUCGUUCGCAUACCCUUACAAGGCGGACUUGAGUCCUCCCGAGAAGAUCCCUGACUUAGUGUUUGACGGGAAUGAUAAAGUCGUGGACGACGGCACCAUUAGUGCGAAGGAGUUUGAAGAGGACGAGCGGGAGCAUGGUGUGGGGUUUGUGCAUGGAAGGUUUUUACAGAACCUCCGCGCGAUCUGCGCUGCUGAGGACAGGGUGACAAGAUUGCAGGGUAACGUUAUCAGCAUCUUGCGCAAUGACUCGAAGGAAGUCAUCGGUGCGAAGGUUGACGUACCAGGGAGGGGAAAAGUAGAUUUUAAAGCGCAUAUGACUUUUGUCUGCGACGGGAUCUUCUCCAGAUUCAGAAAAGAGCUAUCAACGACUAACACGUCCAAGGUCUGGUCUUCUUUUGUCGGUUUGUCGCUUCACCAUGCCGACCUUCCCACCAAACACCACGGUCAUGUCAUUUUGGGCUCUGAACAUAUGCCAGUCAUAGCAUACCAGAUAUCAUCUACCGAAACCAGAAUUUUGUGUGCCUACAACUAUCCUACCCUACCGAAAAAUGUCCCGGAGUGGCUUCAGAAGGAAGUUCAGCCUUUCAUUCCCCCCUCUCUUCGCAAAUCCUUCGAUGCGGCUCUAGAAUCAAAGUCCUAUAAGUGUAUGCCCAACUCUUGGCUACCUGCUUCCCAAAAUAAUGUAACUGGGCUGUGUGUCGUUGGUGAUGCUUUAAACAUGCGCCAUCCUCUGACCGGUGGAGGUAUGGCCGUGGGUCUGAUGGAUGUCGUCCUUCUUGUUAAGACCAUUGGUGAUAUGGACUUUUCGGAUCGAGAGGAGGUUCUGAACGAGCUGCUAGGUUUUCACUAUGAGCGAAAGGCACAUGCCUGUGUCAUUAACACUUUGUCGAUCGCUCUCUACUCUUUAUUUGCAGCUGACAGUUAUUACCUAAAAAAGCUUCAGAAGGGUUGCUUUGAGUAUCUUGGCAGGGGCGAAGAUUGGGUUAGGCAGCCGAUCUCCUUCCUUUCUGGUGUCUUGCCAAGCCCUUAUUUGUUGACCAAAGUAUUCUUCACCGUUGCCCUGUACUCUGUUCUCAUAAAUUUCCGCGGUAGGACACCUCUGGGCUUUCUCUUGGCGAUCUAUGAGGGCUUUGCAAUCAUCUUCACCGCCGCUAAAGUUUUCACACCAUUUUUGUAUGAGCAGCUACUUCAGUAA